GCCGCGGAGGGGGGUGGUCCCCCGGCCCCGGAGGAACCCCGGGCCGAGCCCCAGGCCGAGGCCUCGACAGCCGCCCCCACCCAGGCCGGGGCCACGGGCGAGGCCAGGGAGGGGCCCAAGGUGGCCGCCGGAGGGGUGCCCAACAUCGGCUUCGUGGGCGAGCCCCCGCCCUACGCGCCGCCGGACCCCAAGGCCGUGCACCUGCUCUACCCGCCCUUCCCGCAGGGGCCGGUCCUCUUCCAGCCCGGCCCCUCGCCCCAGGCCCUGUACCCGCCGCCGCCGGCCGCACCCCUGUACCCUGCGCCCGCCGCACCACCGCUCUUUGCGUCCUUCCCGGUGUACAACAGCCCCGUGCCCGGCGUGCCCGCCCCGGCCGUGGUGGAGCACAGGCCGCUGCCCAAGGACUACAUGAUGGAGUCCGUGCUGGCCACCCUCUUCUGCUGCCUCCUCACCGGCCUCGUCGCUGUCGUCUACUCCCACGAGACCCGCGCGGCGCUGAGCAGGGGGGACCUGGCCCAGGCCGAGGAGGCUUCCCGCAAGGCUCGCUCGCUCGUGCUCUUCAGCCUGCUCUUUGGGGUCUUCGUGUCCACCAGCUGGGUCAUCUACGUGGUUGUGGCCCUGUACCUCCCCUGAGGGCCGCUGGCUCCUUUGCAGAUGCCCGGAUGUGCGAGGAUGCCAGCCUGGCCAGACUCUUUCUGUGGACUGUGAUCCCUGCUGGGGGCCAUCUGUUGCCUCCCGAGGGGCCCCAGGGCCAGAAGGUGGGGUCUGCAGCCCUUGGCGCACCUGUGGCUGGGCCUCCGCCCCUCCAGGUGGCCUCAGGCAGCGUCCUAACCCGGAGUGGCUCCAGGGCGCAGCCCAGCGGUGGGACGGGGCCCGCUGGAGCCCCGGGUCCUCAGUGCUUCCUCCUGAGGUCUUGCUGGGACUGUGCUGGCUGGGCCGCCACGGCGUUUGCUGUCACCUUACUCCUGGGCCACCGUCACAGGGACCAGAGCUCUCAUCCGCAGAGCUGUCCAGAGGGACUCCCGCCCCCUCCCACCUGCAGCCCAGCCUGGACUGUGGGGCAAAGCUGCCGGUGGGGCCCCUUCAUGUGGGGGAGUUGAGUGUGGCACCUGCUCUCGGCGGCUCCUGGCUUCUCUCCCUUCUCUCCCAGGAGACAGGCACUCUCGUGCUGACUCCGUGUCCAGAAACCAAGGCCCCCGUCUGGUCAAUAAACAGAAAGGCCCCCCCCCCGCCCCCCCGGGGCAGAAUGUUGCUACUUCCUGGCUCGCUUUCAGGGCGGGCGGCAACGUCUGUCCACCGCUGGGCUCUGGGGCGCCCGCGCCCGCCCCUCGCAGGGACGCUGUUGGCACAGAGGCAGCUCCGUCUGGCGUGGGUCCGUUCGUCGCUCACGUCGUGUGGCCCCUCCGAGAUGUGACUCUGCUUCUCCCUAGACCUACUUCUCCUGGGGCUGCGUUCCUAGAAACUUCUCUCUCCCCUCCUGCCUCCUGGUUUGUGCCUCCUACCUCUGUCUGUGGCCUUUGAGCAUUUUCUGAAUGUGCAUUUUCUGCCCACUCCUGCCCCCGACUUUGUCACCUACCAAUGGAGAAUCAGAGCACCCGGGUGUCCCCAGAGGCUGCCGGACAGCCUGGAGCGCUGUAUGUCGGUGUCCCUGCAUCGUGCCCGGUACGCCGGCCCGGUCAGCUGUGGUCUGGAGACGGGCCCUCCAUUCUAAUAGGGUUCAGAGCCAUCUGCAGAGGACCGGGCUUGGGGACCAGGGAGUGGGGGCCCCACUGAGGCUUCCCUCCAGGCCUUGUGGUCAGCAGUGACCUUAUAGCUUGUCCAGGUCCAGCCCCAAGAACAGUCCUUGACUUCAAAGAGUUUCCGGUUUCUUGAGGACAUUGCGUUUUCCCCAUCUGUAAAAUGGGCUGGCAGUGUAACCUGUCCCCUGGGUUGUGGGCAGAGACCCCGCGGAGGGCUGCUGGGUGUUCAGCACGUGCCUGGUGUGGGGACUUCUCUAGGGUGCCCUGCAGCUAGAGGUUUGGGAAAGCAGGGGGCAAGGGUCCUACUAUGGGUUUAGGGACCCAGGAGCUUCCCAAGCAGCAGAAAGGGAAAGCCAUUAAUGGGCAUUUUCCUGGGAGGUGUCCAGGUUCUCAGGGGGCCUGUGACUCAUCAAGAUAAAGAAGCACCUGCAUGGAGAGGAGGGAGCCGCACAAGAAUGACAGAUCAAGGUAAAUCAAGCACCUGAAGCAGGAGAACAUUCCGUCUCAGCCCGGAGGUGCCCUGGGGGCCAAGGAGACGGGAUGCAGAAGCGGUGACGACAGGGCUGGUGGCUGGACGGGAGCGUCCUGCCGCAGGCUCGGGCUGGUCCAGGGUUCGGGUAUCAGACGCUGGAAAGCAUGGUAACCACCGCCAAGGAGGACUCCGUUUUUUAAGGGACCAACAGAUGCCAAAAAUUAUUUGGUAGACUCUAACAGCCAGAGCUUUUCUUACUGAACUCUUAAGUAAAAUCAAGUUAGAAAGAAAUCAUCUAGACUCAAACAUAUGUAGGAAAAACCUGGGACAUCUUUGUAAGAUGCAGGUUCUGGGUCCAUCAGUCAGACUGGAGAGUUUGCACUUCUAACGGGCUCCCAGAGACGCCGAAGCCGGGCCUGGAGCCAUAGCAAACGGCACAUCUAAAUGGAAAGUUACUAAAACCACUGAAAGUCAUUAUACCCAGGAUCAGGCUGUGUAUGCCUUUUAGUGUCUACUCAGUACGGCUUUGAGGUUGGAGCUAAUCUAGGAAACAACAAAGUGAAAGCUGUAGUCUUAGAAGUAGAAGAGACCAUGAUUCCUUAGCAAGAAUAUCCAAGAAUCCAUGAGAAGUAGAAGAGAGCUCAGUAAAAUGGUUGGAUAUAAAAUCCACUAAUAGUAAAGAUAUCUAGCCUCCUUAAAGAGAUUUAACUGAGUUCCCACGAGGAAGCCAAGCCUUUAAACUGUGGCAAACAUGUUUUUAAAAUUAAUAUGGAAGGAAAGUGCGUAACGAUUGCUAUUAAUUUUUUUUCCCAGUUUAACGAGGGCGGAGCUUUCUGCACCUGAUACUCAAACUUACCAUAAAGCUACAAUGAUCAGGUCAGCAUGGUUUUGCUACAGAGAUCAGUGAAAAAUAAUAGAAAUCCAGAAAAUGUUCUAAGUGUGUAUGAGAAGUUAAUAUCUGAUGAAAAUGGCAUGUAAAUUGGGAGAGUCAAAGAGGGCUUAUAAUAAGUAAAGUUGGUUAUCUGGUUGGAAAGAGUAAUUCUAACUAUCUGCAAAAAUAAACUCCAGGUGGGUUAAAGAGCUGGGUAUAAAACAGCCCCGCACUCACGACGGAGGAAGGCCUGGUGGGGCAGGACGGAGGGAGGCUGCUCCUCUGGAAAACCACCCAGAAGGACUGCUAGACCUGAGCCUGUACAUCAGGAAAAUGCGGACCUAAAGCAUGAGGUGGCUUCCACUUGUCAGAUGGGUCAGAGUUGAUUGCAUCCAGCGUUGGUGAGGGACUGAACACGGACCCCUCGUCUAUUGCUGAUGUGUGCUGCCGUGUUUCUGGAAGGUAGAUGGUCUCUGCUAAUCCAUUUGGUAUUCACACGCAUGCAUGUGCAAAGACCAGUCUAGAAGGAUCUAGUCUAAACUGCUGACAGUGGGCUGCCCUCGAGGAGGCACUGUAAGAUGGAGCUGUGUUCGUGUGUCGUGUGAUGAAAACUGAAAAGCGUGCAUGCCUUUUGACCAGGCAAUUCCAGGUUUAGGAUUCACAGUGGUGAACAAGGGCUUUUUCCUGAAGCUUCCAGUCCAGUGUGGGAUCUGUCAGUUCCCAGCUGGGCCAGGGCACGGGGAGGAGAGGGGGCGGGGCAUGUCUGAGGGGUGGAGUGGAACGGAGGAGAACCCGAUUCGGGGGCAUCCCGACUUCAGAGAUGUUAAAAUGCGUGUGUCUUAGAGUCGUUCUAGUGUGACGUCGAGGUAUUUGGCCCGAAAGUGGUAAAGACGGACCUUCCUGAGGACGUGGAUCUGUUACAAAGUGCAGUGAGGUGCUGCCAGCCCACACCGGCAAGCGGCUGGGUCGUUUUGCAUCCCACCCCCAGCAAAAGGUGGGGGUGCAAUGGCUGCCCCCCUCCCCGCCUCGCCCCCAUUUGUCAGUCUUGCUGGCUCCAGCGCUGCUGGGAGGGAGGGCUCACUGGCGUCUCCGGGGACUGAUGAUGUUGAGCCUUUUCUCGCUGCUUAUCAGCGAUUUCCGCAUCUCUCUUUAUCACGUGCCCGUGCAAGACUGGGGCCCAGUUUUAUGCUGCCUAGAGUUCUUAUGUGUUUUGGCACCGAGUCCUGUGGUCGUGCCUUUGCACUCUGUGCAGGGUCGUCUGAUGAAAAGAAGUCCUCAGUUUGAGGAGACACAGAUUUAUCUUUUACUUUACAGAUAAAGCUUUCUUGUGGCUGAAGAAAAAUUCCCUUGCUCCCUCGUGAAGAUGCUGUCAUCUUCUAGAUCUCCAGGCUUUACUGUGUUGUCACAUCUCCAUCUGUCGCCUCCCUGGAAGUCCACGUGUCUAUUUCUCGUUCCGUUGUCACACUUCCUUACGGCAGCGUGAGAGGAAGGCCUGACAUUGGGAAGGUCGAGCCCUCCCACCAUCUUUGAGGGUCUCGGCCAUUUAAGAAUCAUUUAUAUUUAGGGGCGCCUGGGGGGCUCAGUCAGUUAAGCCUCCGACUUCGCUCAGGUCGGGUCUAGAGGU